AUGCAGGGUAAUGCUUGCUCGAGAAUAUUCGUCCGCUAUGCCUCAUCCACACGAGGGCCAUUUCGUACGCCGAAACCAAACUUCGCCCGAGUACUCAACAACCCAUCUGCACCUCACCCCUCACCUUCCUCCGCGCCCUCUCCCGCUUUUCCACCCGCUGAACCGAAUACGCACUACCGCGUCACUCUUCACCGCUCCGCUAUUGGCCUCCCUAAACAAAUCUCACGGACGCUGGAAGCUCUUGGAUUACACAAACGAAUGCAAACAGUCUUCCAUGAGCAUUCACCAGACAUAGCGGGGAAAUUACUCCAAGUGAAGGAACUAGUCCAAGUCGCGAACGUCCCUGCGGAUGCGGUUCGAUCAGCUAGGGAGUUACGAGAGGAGCGGAGAGCAGUUCGUGGAUACGAUGUCGUACAGCGACGGCCAUACGGUAACGGUCACUUAACGUUAGUGCAAGCCGUACAAGAACAGAGACUGGCAAGCCACAGGAAGGAGAAAGCACGGCGUCUAGGAGAAACACAAACCUCCACAGACCCCUCGAUCACUGCGACAUAA